AUACACAUACCCAACUUUAUACUUGUAAACAAUUUUAAAAUUGAUAGAAAUUCAAAUAAUUCAAAUAGUGAAAUUAGAUAUAAGGUGUUUGGCUCGAGCCAUGGCGGAAACUCUACCUUCUGCUAUUGAACAGGAACUAUUAGGCAUAAAAAACCUCCUCUGGGGUAAUGAUAUCAAACAUGACAUCUUCAAAAGAUGGUCACAAGGUUUCUACUUUAGCACCAAUGAAGGAAGUGCCCUUGAACAAUCUGAAGGUGGCCCUUGUGCAAUCAUAGCCCCAGUGGAAGCAUUCAUAUUAAAAAAUCUCCUCCUAGAAUUCAAAGAUAUAGCAUUCAGAGAAAAAGUGGAUCCUGAUUUACAAAAUAUUUCUCUAGUCAACGCUCUCAGUGAUAUUCUGAGCCAGUGUAAUAGCCAGAAGUAUUACAUAGUAUAUUUAGAUAGUGAAUGUGUUGAGCCAGUCAGUGCAGAAUUGAAAGGAGAAAAAAGUGAUAGUGUCACUGGAACACCAACUGCUUCAUCAGAGGCUGACUCUUUUAGAUUCCAUGAAGAACUCAAAGUACAAAGCUUCCAGAGCAUAGAGGAAGUCAAUAAGUAUUAUCUAGAUAACAUCUCCAAACUGAAAGCAAAGUAUGGUGUCCUCUUAUUCUUAUAUUCUGUGAUAGCUUCAAAGGGUUUAGCUCAAGUAAGAAGUGAGUCUGACACACAGGAUCCUCUGAUAGAUGAGACUUAUGGUUAUGGUAGCCAAAAUCUUAUAAAUUUAAUGAUAACUGGUAGAGCAACAACUUAUGUCUGGGAUCAUGAUCAGGAUGUUGGAGGUUUAAAAUUGAAGGGUAUUGAGAAACAAAGCCAAAUAGGUUUUAUAACCAUAAUGGAGUACCACAGAUAUUGUACAGUAGGUUCAUUCUAUAAAAACCCAAUUCAUCCAGUGUGGGUUAUGGCAUCUGAUACACAUUUGACAGUUCUUUUCAGUGAUGAAAGAAAGCUUGUCAGUCCAGAAACCAAAAGUGAGCAAGCAAGAAGAGUGUUCAAAAGUUUUGACCCAGAUGGCAACAAUUUCAUCAGUACAGACAAGCUGCAAGAUGUUCUGAGAUCAUUAGAUCUUGUAUGUGAAACUGAGUAUGUGAAUAUAAUGAAAAAGAAGCUUGACAGUGAAAGCUUGGGAAUAAUUCUGUUGAAUGGUUUUAUGGAUGAGUAUUUUCCCAAAGAAGAGACAUCAACUCCUGAUAUGUUCACCCUUAUUCACUACAAUGGAUUGCCCCAAAGUAACGUCAGUGGACAGGUGCAAUAUCAUAUUGGUUCUGCGAUCCUUUUGGAGUCAGAUAUAAAGUCAGUGUGUGAGUCUAACCCUAUGCUAACAGCUCUCCAAACCAAAUGGCCAAAUAUAGAAGUCAACUGGUAUAAUAAUAUCACACCAUCCCUUAACUGAACAUUACCAGUUUCAUCGUAUUGAAUUUUCUUGUAAUUGUAUGCAUUUAAAUAUUGAUAAUUUAAUUGUUACACUGUCAAAUACAUUUUUUAUUUUGCA